AGCAGUACGUAUCCUUCUUGGUUCAGUUUUAUUUGCUACACGAAGUUUGCAUUUCCUUUUUCUCUAAUUUCAAGGGCAAAUAACAGUCUUUCGAAGAGUAGAAGAUGAGUUCGACUAGCAGAGCAAUUGUGGCAGCCAGCGUAGGAGUUGUGGAGGCCAUGAAAGACCAGAUGGGUAUCUGCAGAUGGAAUUAUAUUAUAAGAUCCACUCAACAAAAUACAAAGAACCAUCUCCGGUCCAUGUCUCAGGCCAAGAGCCUCUCCUCCUCAACUUCUGCAGUGGUUUCAAGCAAAGUAAGAGACCAGGAGAAAAUGAAGAGAUCAGAAGAAUCUUUGAGGACAGUCAUGUACUUGAGCUGUUGGGGUCCCAAUUGAGGGUCUGGUCAGCUGAAGGCCAUUCAUACGUCGGCAUGGCGAUGGGAAAUGUCAGGCCGAGAUGGUCAUAGUAGAAAUUGUAGACUCAAUAUAGUAUUUGAUUGAUGAAAAAUUAUGGUAAAUUGUGAACUU